CUGCGAGCAGAACAGCAUUGAGCAGAUAAGUGGUUCUGCCCCUUUUUGUGUUCAUUUGUUAGAAUUCGAACAGCAUGCAUGAAGGCAUGGCGCAAGUCAAUGGUGCAGCUGUCUGUGAAAGCACAUUGGCUGAAUGGGAGAAUGUUGUAUAACCCUAAGCCUUAUUCUAGAUAUUGGGUGAUGGGAAAAGCUGGUUUUGGUCCUCCAGCAAUGGAUAAGAAAGCAGAAAGUUCAUCCAAGCUUGUUUUGAAUCCCUUUUGCACAACCCUUAAGAAGUGUGCUGCUGGAAAGCUGAAUGUGCCAGUCUAAGAAUUGCAGGUGUUACCCAUAGAACUGUGGCCCCAAGAUGCAGCAAGAAGAAACAAAAGCUACUAUGUAAUAGCUUGGUAGUUCCUAAACCUGGCUGCAAACAAUAAAUACGCAAUAGGCACCAGGGAAGGAAAUCACUAACUUUAUUUCAUGUCUUUUAAGCACUUUUGCUGGUUGAUCGCGAUUUAUUUCUAUUUUGCUACCAGUGCAAUAGGCUGGAGUUUGAAAGUUACAGAACUGGUUACAGAGCUUUGUGGGAGAAGCAUUGGGCAUUCAGAGCCCCACAACUCAGCAUUUGGGGCUUUAGGGCCGGACACUUAACUUGCACGCUCCCAGAAGUCAGAGGUGAGCCUUACCCCAAGGCAGUAUAGGUGCUGGAUCCCCCUAAGCUCUGCUGCCCUGCAGCAUCUGAGAGAAAUGCAGCGUUUAUUUUCUCAGCGUACAUCAGCUCAGUGCCAGCAGUCUCUUGAGAUUUUAUGCUCUCAGAGGCUGAAGUAAAACUUUAUGGCACUUCUGUGCUUGGCAUUUACAUCCUGUUUAUGUAAAUGCCUCAAACAGCUUGAUUUGUAAGAGAGAAAAACAAUUCUUGCUGUAUCUUUUUCUCUUUUGAAGUGUCCAUCCACUCUGGAAGAGGAGAACUUGUAUGGAAAUUAAGUAAUUUGUCUCUCUGUUUUUGUGAGGUUUAACUUUGUGUCUUUCCAACAGAUCCUGGUCGUGUCAUUACCAAACCCCAGACUGCAGUUUUACGUGCUCAUUUUCCUGCUUGUGUCUUCAGAUUUUGCUUAAGACUGAUUGAAAGGAUAAGGCCAGGUUAGAAACGACUGCUAAGGUCUGUGAAUUGUGUUUCUUGUGUGUGUCAGACCUCUGUCAAGCACGAGUGCUAACAGCGGGGCUGGAGAGGCAGCAGCUCUGGUGGCACAGCUCUGACAUGCAGUUUGUGCUGUCGUGCGCUGUGGGAACUGAAAGGAGCUCUGGAGUGGAGGAUAAUUGCAGUCUGAUCAGAGCCUGCAUAUUCAAACUGAAAUGUCUUGGCAGCUGGCACUGGGACAGCCAGAAAAGAGAGCUGGGAAUUGUAUCCCUUGUGUCCCAACACUUGUCGCCCUGUUGUCAACAUAGCUGUGCUGGGUUUGGAAAACUUUCCAGGCCAGCGACUGUUAUCAGACACUUGUCUUUGCAACACGAAACACAACGAGGCAGCUGCAGACAGCUUUGAUUUCCCUCCCCGAAGCUGCCUCUGCAACACAGCUCCCUAAUGAAGCACCUCUUGCUGCUGGCCCCGUUAGUGCCCAGGAGUCCGUGUUGCUUCAGAAGAACAUGCUUGAAGAGCUGUUAAUUCAUAAGCCAGAGGACCCCAUUCAGUUUAUGAUAGAGCAUUUAAAGCAGCAUAAUGAUGAUGCUCCAAGGAUUUGCAUACUUGGUCCACCUGCUUCUGGUAAAACUACAAUGGCAAUACGGCUUUGUAAACAUUUGGAUGCCAUACGUAUCUCUCAGGAGACUUUGCUUUCCAAGGAAACAUUAGCUCUGACAAAGGAAGCAAAGGCAUAUAAAGAAAGAAAACAGAAAAUUCCCAACGCGCUUUGGGCCAAUCUGAUCCGGGAACGUCUGUCAAACGUGGACUGCAUCAAACAAGGCUGGAUUUUGGAAGGCUUCCCUGAAAAUCAGGAACAGGCACGGUUGCUGCAAUCAUCUGGCAUCAUUCCGAGGCACGUUGUUGUGCUCUAUGCUGCAGACACUAUGCUGAUUGAGAGGAACAGUGGGAAGAGGCUCGAUCCCCUCACAGAAGAGGUGUACCAUACAACCUUUGAUUGGCCAAGUGAUGUGCAGGUACAGCAACGUUUGGUGAAACCAGAUCUGUCUGAGGAGGAGAUGUCAAAGCAACUGCUGGAAUACCAUAGGAACUUCCCCGGGGUGUUCCAGAUCUACCAAAAAAUUCUGAGAUCGAUCAAUGCAGACCAACCUUGUGUGGAUGUCAUAUCACAAGCUCUUACCUACGUCCAAACCCAGCCCCGAUCAGCUGCCCCUUUUACUCCUCAUAUUCUCUUUUGUGGCCCCCCAGGCAGUGGGAAGAGCCUGCAGGCAGCACUAAUAGCUCAGAAAUACGACGUUGUCAACAUUUGCUGUGGGCAACUGCUAAAGGAAGCUGUUGCAGACAAGACAAAACUUGGAGAACUCGUUAAGCCUUAUAUUGACAAUGGAUACCCAGUCCCAGACAACAUGGUUAUGAAGAUCCUGGAGAGACGCCUAAAUGCACCAGACUGCAUGGCCAAGGGCUGGGUGCUUCGUGGCUUCCCAAGGGACAUCGAGCAGGCAGAGAGGCUGCAAAAAGCAUGUAUUAUUCCAAACAGGGUAUUUUUCUUCAAUCUUCCCUACGAAUCCAUCAUUGAACGACUGUCUCAGCGGAGGAUUGAUCCAGUCACAGGGGAAAGAUACCACACGACACUCAGACCAGCACCCACUCCGAAGAUCCAAGCCCGCCUCAAGCAGAACCCCAGGGACAAGGAGGACAACAUCAAGAAACGCGUGGAUACCUAUCACAGGAACGUCAGGGAUCUGCAGGAGUUUUAUGAGGACGCCUUUUAUGUCAAUGCUGAUCAAGAUCCAUAUCCUAUCUUUGAGUUUAUAGAAAGCUGUAUCAUUAAGCCCCUUCCGUGCAAAAAAUUAAAUGCUUCUAAUUAAUUAAG